UGUUUCCUAACACUAUGUUGAGGACUCAACUCAGAGAGCUAAAUCAUUAACACAUCACAGAACAUUAUACCGUACCAACAUGACAUGCCUUAAUAAUGAGAUUUUAGACUUCAGCACUAAUUUGACUGCUUUUAGUGAUAUUAAGAUCACUAUGAACUACUGUUAAGAGUUAUUAUAGUUUACUUGAUCUAAAAGGGUUUUUUCGGGUUAUAACAGUACCCUGCUCCUUUCUGUGUUACUCUACAUCUAAUCUUCAACUUUAUAACUCAAGUGCAAGAGGUUGUGGCGAGAGUGUGGGAGUGAGAAAGUGUGUGUCAGAAUGAAUGUGUGAGUAUAUAAGAGAGAGCUAGAAGGAAGUAAGGCGAAUCGGAUCAACUUGACACUGUGACAGGCAUUUCACUGUUUCUACGUUGAACUGUUGUCUUUUUUUCCGCUACUGCUGGAGUCAUUGCGGUUAUGAACAGAGGUGCAAAUGGAGAUUGGUGAAAUGUUUCGUUUUGCUGUCCUCACGUCCACAUCAGCGGAUUCUUCCACUCGUCUCUCACCCUCCCUCCCGAAAUCCCUGAAGUGCUCGAGGUGGAUAUGAAAGACCGAAGAAUGGAGCCGUGUUUCUCCGAGACAAUGGAGCAGAUCAGCAGCCAGAAACUUGAUUCAGUCAACCCUUAAGCAAGUUUCACCAUGAGGAAACAGACACGUCACAUCUUCCUGGCCUGCUUGGUCUUCAUCUCCAUCACAAUUUUUUAUCUCAGCCUUAGUACCAUAGAAUGCCCAAACUCUCAGUCUAGGGCCAGUGCUUGGGCUGUAUGGGCAGCUAACCAGCGUCUGAGCAAGAACCUCAGUUACACUCCGUCUAUUCCUAUAGAGUACAGCGAAGACACUCCUUUGAUUUUUGUUGGUGGCGUCCCUCGUAGUGGCACUACUUUAAUGCGGGUCAUGCUGGAUGCCCACCCUGAGGUGCGCUGUGGAGAGGAGACACGUGUCAUUCCCCGAUUGUUAGCCAUGCAGGCUAGCUGGAGCCGCUCAUCUCGUGAAAGGGCUCGCUUGAUUGAGGCUGGUGUCACUGAUGAGGUCCUGGACUCUGCUGUUCGUUCUUUUCUCCUAGAGAUCAUCGUGGGUCAUGGUGAACCAGCCCCACGCCUCUGUAACAAGGACCCUUUUGCUCUGAAAUCUCUCGUGUACCUCUCCAAACUCUUUCCACGUGGCAAAUUUGUUCUGAUGCUACGUGAUGGCCGGGCCACGGUUCAUUCCAUGAUAUCGCGCAAGGUGACCAUCGCCGGAUUUGAUCUAACGAGUUACAGGGACUGUCUGGUGAAAUGGAACCGAGCACUGGAGCUCAUGUAUGAACAAUGCCAGGCUGCUGCAAAGGGGAGCUGUCUGCCUGUGCACUAUGAACAGCUGGUGUUAAAUCCAGAGGUAGUGAUGCGAAAGCUUCUUCAGUUCCUGGAGCUACCCUGGGACCAGGCAGUACUGCACCAUGAGCAGCUGAUUGGGAAAGCCGGAGGAGUGUCCCUAUCUAAAAUGGAACGAUCAACUGAUCAAGUUUUCAACCCAGUGAACACGAAAGCCUUAUCGCAGUGGGUGGGACACAUUCCUGACAGCGUAGUAAAGGAAAUGGCUAGCAUAGCUCCCAUGUUGAAGCGACUGGGUUACGACCCUCAGGCUAACCCUCCAGACUACAGCAAGUCUGAGCUUUUACACCUACACAUCACACAUCAGCAUAAAGAAGCUAAAGAAAAUACAGAGGCUUAUCACCUUAGUUAAUCCAUAAUGGAGCAUCUUCAAGGUUUAUAUGUUUUUGAAACUUGCAGGAUGCUUGAACACAACGCACUGAACCAGACUUUUCUGACUGAUGCCUCAAAAUCACCAGCUCUGUGAUAUGUAAAAUGGACAUUGUUUGUUGUAUUUGUGAAAAAAAAUCCACUAUACAUUUGUUAGUGUCUGUAAGAGAAAUAAAUAUUUAUUUUAAAAAUAA